AUGGCAUCCCGUUAUUCGCUCAGCGCAGAGCUACCUGCCACGCGCAAGUCGUUGCGCCUUGCCAAAAGUGGUCGCGGCUCAGCUGAGCAUGUCCAACAGCAGCUAUCCGCAAUGGCAUCCACACCUGGUCCCGCAGCACAAGACAACAUCUCUGUUGGCCCACAAAACGCUUCGACUGAACCGCUCAAGACUUGUGCAAAUAACCAAGACGUCACGGUUCGACGUCAUCUGUCCAACGGUUACAAAACCAACGCAAAGUCGGAAACGGAUGCGUUUAAAUCCCAGACAUCCGAUUGCACCUACGACGAUCGUGGCUACCUCGUCCUCAAACCUGCCGAUGUCUUUGGUCUCACAGCCAAUGCAUUCACCCAAGAUCAGAGCAACGACCAAGGUCGCCCACGCUCCAGGCGACUCGCCUACCUCGAAGGUCUGCGCGGUAUACUAGGGAUUCAAGUCCUUCUUUGGACGUUUUUCCGUAUUUUUGCCCCCGCCAUCGUAGCGGAUCGCGACAUAGACGGCGUUUACCCCGCAGCCUUUGUCGAGCGAGCGCCUGGCUGGCAGUCGAUUCUGCGCAAGGUCUUGUCACCCCUGCUGUUUGAUGGCGAGUUGCAAGCAGCAUUCUUUAUCAUCUUGUCUGGACGUGCGAGUCUGCAGACUUUCAUCGAGCGCAGACAGGCUGUCCCACUGGCAGGAGCCGCAUUCAAGCGCCCUUUCCGAUUCAUUUUCCCCAUGGCAGUCACGUUGGCGCUUGUUUCGCUCGUCGUUGCCGUCAACGGAUUCCGAUACGCACCUGCGCUCUCAAGCGCGUUGGAAAAUCAGCUAGCUCGGCCUCCCGUACAAUGGAAGUCGGCGCUCGAGUACUUCAACUCGUUACUGUUCUUCAUGUCCACUCCGCUCUACUUUAAAACGGCGCGAGCGACGAGCUUCAUCCCACCCAGCGGAACGCUCUGGAUCGUUCCUGUGCUGUUCCAACAGACGUACGUGAUGAUUAUCUUGGCGUUCACUCUGCCCUUCACCGUUUUGCGAUACAAGAACUUGGGUAUGAUCCUGCUCAUCCUCACUACGGCUUGGGUGGGUCGUUUCAGCUGGUACACGCUCACCGGCCUCUUGCUGGCUGAAUGGGCGACUGUGUACCGCCAACUGCUGCCGCGCGGACGCAUCCCUCUGGACCGGGCCGGCGUGCGGUCUCUGCCCGCCUAUGUUCCCGGUUUGCUCUUUGUGCUUCUCGGUGUCAUGUUCAAGUAUCUCUGGAUCGCCGGCUUGCCCGCCGAUGCGAACAACGAGAUCAUCGCGCAUGUGGAUGGCCACACGGGCAAGCUCAACUACAGCACGGACCCAGCAUCGGUUGCUUAUCCGAGAUACGACAACUGGCUGCUCGCCACGGGCCUGCUCUAUCUGGUGGAGCUGUUUCCGCGUGUACAGCGUCUGCUCAGCAGUCGUCCGUUGGUGUACCUCGGCCGAUGGGCGUUCAGUAUCUCGCUGAUUUCUGGAACUCUCAUGCUCAGCUUGGGCAGCCUCGUAUGGCACCACCUCACUACGUCGCUCGGCUGGACAAGCCAGGCGGCUAUUCUGGCUGUGCUCUUCCUCGUCCUCAUCCCUUCGACAGCCCUCCUGGUAGAUGCUUAUUCUAGGCUCGUAGAUGACACCACCCUCUGGUUCUCCAAUUGGCUUUUCAAGUGGAUCCGCGUUUAG